GCAUAAGUGGCACAAUCGAUCGAGCCUUGUCUUUAAGAAAGGUUUUAACGAAUCGCUGUGUCGAGUGACGUGUUCUGAGGGAACUCAUAAGACCGUCUAAAUUUGAUUGGAUGUUAGAUCGUAUUUUCUUAGUGUCAUCAAUUUUAAUUUCAAAUUUACGUUGAAACAUAAAAUUAUUCCAUUUAUGUAUCUUUCUAUUGACAACUAUACUAUAUUUUGAAUAUGUUCUACAUUCUUUAGAGCUUUCCUCAUCUUGAUAUAAAAUACAAAGCACCCAUGCACCUCGGUGUGGUUGAAGUGCUCGUGGUGGUGAGCUUGGUGGUGGUGGUGGGAGAUGUGACUGCUUUGGUGGAAGUGGUAGGGUUGCUUCCACCGGCCACCGGAGUUGGUGGAACGAGCAAUGGCGUGGUGGAAGAGGAUGACGCUGCAAACAAACUGCCAUUUGAAGCUGUUUUCCAGGGCCUGUGCGAAAACAACGACCUGUGUGACCAGACAUGCUUCAACCUCCACGAUGGAACUUUCGAGUGCAACUGCCACCCUGGAUUCAGUCUAGACGCUAACGGCUAUAGCUGCUCCAAACUGAAUGAAUCGGCAAGUGAUGGUUCAAUCCUGUACGAGAAAGAGGCUUCGUUCGUUGCGGUUUUGGAUGGAAAUCCUGAUUACCAGGAAGACCAGCGUUUGCGUUCAGCUCUCCUCACCAACGAGUACAAUGUGGACUACCAGAACGACUAUUCGAAAGCAUAUCUUCCAAAACACAAAGACCGUUACGAUACAAAAGUUUACAAUUCAAAGCAGGAUAAAGUUUAUGAUUCGAAGUCAAAGAAGUUCCUCACUAAAGGCUACGAUCUAAAAACCGAUCAGUAUGACUCCAAAACUGACCUAUACGACACUAAAGUCUACAAUUCCAAGUCCGACCCGUACGAUACUAAAGUCUACGACUCCAAGUCCGACCAGUACGACACUAAAGGCUACGACUCCAAGUCCGACCAGUACGACACUAAAGUCUACGACUCCAAGUCCGACCAGUACGACACUAAAGUCUACAACUCCAAGUCCGACCAGUACGACACUAAAGUCUACAACUCCAAGUCUGACCAGUACGACAGUAAAGUAUACAACUCCAAGUCCGACCUGUACGACACUAAAGUCUACGACUCCAAGUCCGACCAGUACGACAUUAACGUUGACGACACUAAAUUUGACAAAUCUAAGACUUCAGAAUAUUUCGGCAGAAAUUUCGGAUCGAAACAUCAAGACCAACUUGACUCCAAAUCAUUUGACCUCUACGAUAUUCCAGCAUUCAGUCCUAGCAGCAGUUACGAUCUUUGGAAGAAACCAAGAAGCCAUGCUAAACCAUCACGUGAAUUUAAGAAUACGGGAUCUCCAGAGAACAAACCCAGUGGCCCUUCACUAGGGGGUUACGAUUUCCCAUACGAGACGCGAAUUCUAGAACUCGAGGAGCCAAGAGCACUGCCGUUGGCUGACGUGCCUCCGCAACCAGGGAAUGACGAACAAUCUUUUCCGGAUUACAAGAAAAUCCCUGCCUUGGAACGAGAUCGAGUAAAGGAAAAUGAAAUAAUGAUCAGCCGCCUCAACACCGAAGACGAAGGCCCCGAAGUGUUCCUGGCUCACGAAAAGUCGUCCGACGGCCUUCACGGUGACAAUACGGCAGACGCGAGCGUCGAGAAAUACGGUGACGAUGUUGAAAAAACGCGCGUCGUGGACUUCGGUGACGAUAAGACAGGCUCAAGCGUUCAAAAAUACGGUGACGAGAAAAAGACUUCCCAAAUAAAAAGCGGGGCGUCUGAGGGGCACGUUGAAACCCUCCUUGAGGAAAUAUUAAAAUGCGAUUCUACUUUUAGCACUGAUCCUCACUUUGAAACUAGGGUUUCAACGGCCAGCUUUGAAAGCGGUGUUGCUGAGAAUAUUUUCGAUGAUGGGACCAUAGUUUGGGGAAACAAUGUUGGAAACGAUGUUAACGACGACAAGAAUAAUACCUCCUAUACUGGAAGUAGCAUUCGGAUCUACAGCUACGGGGAAGACCAAAUUGUAGACUUGUCGCCAUCCGAUAAUUCAUCCAGAACUUCAGAUGUCACAUCUCCUGGUCCGAACUUGGAGCAGAAGGUUCCUUCGGUGCUUCCUGAGCUCGAGGCCACUGCCAGUCUUGUGUCCCAGUGCGCGCUGGACUGCGGGGUGGGGCGGUGCUCCAACGACGCUCCCGGCGGUGGCAGCCAGCGUUGCCGCUGCCCCCUUGGCUACCAAGGGCCCGGCUGCAAACCUGUUUCCCGGAUCGACACUGCCAGGUUCUACGGUCAGUCCUGGGUUGGUUUUGCGCCUCUCAAGGAAGCCUAUCGGGACGUGCAGAUUACCAUAGAAUUUAAGCCCGAGGGCAAUAGCCCUACCGAGACCUCUCAAGCCGGGGCUCUGCAAACAGACCGCCGGCUUACAUUGAACGGAAAGAGACUUUCGAUGCUCAAGCAUCUCAGGCUAUCCUACUCCCCUGACAACAUCGAAGGCUUUCAAGGAUCUGAUAUUCAAAACCCAAAUGAGAACUUUAUUGGUCAUGGGCCUGAUCAGGUAAAUGAGACCCAGAAACUGGAAAACUCGAUGAUCAACGAAAAAGAAUCUCUGAGACGCGAGACUUUGCGGGGGCAAGAUCCAGAGACUCAAGUGAGCCCUGGUGCUCAUAAUGGCGUGCUGCUGGUGUCCGGGGAAAACGAUGACCUGACGGGGGACUUCAUGGCUGCGGUCAUCAUAAAUGGUUACGUGGAGUUCAGGUGGGACUGUGGGUCUGGUGCAGGAGUGGUGCGGUCUGCAGACCCGGUGAGAGUGGGACAGUGGAACAGACUCAGCGUCUACAGACAUCGUUGGGACGUCCUGUUGCAGCUCAAUGACGGUCAGCACGUUCAGGGACGGUCAGAGGGUUUGUUCUCCCGCAUCACAUUCCGAGAGCCGCUCUACGUGGGGGGAAGCUACAACGUGACCUCCCACCAGGACAGACUGGGGGUGACUGAGGGGUUCAGAGGCUGCGUAAGGAAGCUCCAAGUCAACGAUCAACUUUAUCAGUUCUAUAAAGCAACAGCUGACAACCACCAGCCUGCUGAGUACCGUGCCGUUGACGGCUGGGAUAUAAGCGAAUGCAACAGUGAUGCCUGCCUCGACAUUGACUGUCAGAACGGCGGCAAAUGUCAGUCUGUCAGUACUGCGGGCACGGAAAUUCUGUCAGAUUCUACAGCCUCGACGCCGACAUCAGCCUCCUGUAGGUGUCCUUUGGGCUUCACGGGUGCCCUCUGUGAGACCUCCGUCAGACUUGACGUUCCCUCGUUCAACGGGAGCUCGUACCUGGCGUUCCCGCCGGUGGGGCGUGGGGCGCUGUCGUGGCUCGAGCUCGAGGUUGUCUUCAGGAGCUCUGCUAUGGACGGACUCCUCGUAUAUGAAGGCCAUCGCUCCGACGGUUCCGGAGACUACAUCGUCGUCAUGCUCGCUGAUGCCCACGUCGUCUGUACGAUUGACCUCGGUUCUGGCUCUACCACACUAAGAUCGCUGAAGCCCGUGCGUCCCGGACUAUGGCACACAGUACGGGUCUCAAGAACAGGCCGAAGGGUUUGGCUGUACGUCAACAACCAACCCCCCGUCGAGGGCUUAACCCCAGGAGGCUUCACUCUGCUGUCGUUGUCACAACCCCUGUACAUCGGCGGCGUCCCCUCCGAAAACCCCGCCAAGUUCAUUCUGCCCAGGAUGCCAAACUUGGAAGGAUGCAUACAGAAGGUUUCGGUUGGCGGGAGGAGGUUAUCGUUCAUGGCAGCGACCACGACGGGUGCCAACGUCGGAGCGUGCGAGCACCCAUGCUCUCUCAACCCCUGCUCCAAUGGCGGGACAUGCGUGCCACAGGCUGCGUCUUACUCGUGCAGGUGCCCCCUGGGUUUCACGGAUGAUCACUGCAGGAGUCGCGUCGUGACCCAAGCGUCCACUCCGAGUUUCGGGGGACAAUCGUUCCUCAAGUUCACCCACCCAGAGAUCAUGAAAAGGGUCACAGGGGACAAGUUGCACAUGUGGUUCCGUUUCCGUUCGACGAACAAAAGCGGACUCCUCGUCUGGAUCGGGGAGAACAAUUUGUCCGACCUAAACGACUCCUACCAAGAAGACAACCUGUCGUCCUUCAGCCUCGAAGACUCAUUCAGUCUCGAGAUCAAAGACGGGAAGCUGGUUCUCAAGUACAACUUGGGAUCCGGUUUUGCGGUUCUCAACUACAACAGCUCCCAAACAUACGACGAUGGCGAAUGGCAUACCGUCAGACUGGCGAGGUUUGAGAAGCAGGCCCAGAUGACGGUAGAUGAUGGCCCAGAGUUGAUCUGCUUUUCACCCGGAGACUUGGUUCAGCUCAACGUCGAGUCAGCCCUUUACAUAGGAGGCCGGGAGACAUACCACACCCAGCGGGAUGGGUCCAGCACUCCCGGUCUGACGGGCUGCGUGAGCGACCUGACGUUGGCUACGGAUUACCAUGUCGACCUCGUCACGAUGGCAACCGCUGGCCAGAACAUCGAGUACUGCUGACCACAGACAUCUACGACAGCAGCAACAUUUCCUGAUGCCUUGGCAACCUACAUGAGAAGCGUAGCCGCUAUCACACAUCAACCUUAGAACCGAUCAGGGUUACAGCCGCCCAAAGAUGAAAAACAGGACGGAAGAGCUUGGCCUUCGUUCAGUCACAGAGGUAGAGAGCUGCCGAACACAACGUAGCUAUGUUAUUGCCACGAAUCCAGUUAAUUCUUAGCGAAUUAUUAUAAUUAUCGUUUCGUAUUGUGGUCAUGGGUCUAAUAUGAACGAAGAUCCUAAUUAACUUUUCCUUGUACACAACAUGGGUUGCGUUACACUACGAGGUUGCAAAACAAUACAAAAUUGGGUCAAUGGCUUGCGAAAUCAUGUAUGAGAGAUUGUAUAGAUAAGCUUUUCUCACUUGAAAAAUAAAACUUUAUGGAUGAUGUAGUAUCGCUAGUCCAAUUAUAUAGCAAGAUUCAGCAGCUAUCUACCGAAGUGUUAUUUUACUCGAGCGUCGGCUGAUUGAAGUGCGUGAAUAUCAUACCUGUAUCCGUGAGUGUACCGUUCCACGCACUAAAUGUAGCGCUUCUAUAUAUGAUCCUUCACUGCAUAGUAAUCUAUUUUUUCCAUGCAAAGCUUUCACUAGAGUUCAGGUACGAAUAGCAUUGUAAUUGAUGUAGAUGGUGCAAGGACAUCAACUCGUGGAGAUUUCUUAGUUAAUAAACUCAGAAUAUUCUCCUCGACUGAUCGUAGUUUCAUUAGGCACGUAUUUUGAGUUUAGAUUUAUCAGCUAUAUUAUUGACAUACAAGUCACCGUUGAAAAUCAUAGACUAAUUACAUGAAGCAGCGAUAGAUUGGCGGUAGGCGAAUGUUUAUGCGCUCUUAAUAAGCAUGAUAGGAUUCUGAUACUCAGUUAGGAUUCUGAAAAUAAGUUAGGAUUCUGAUACUCGGUUAAGAUUCUGAUACUCAGUUAGGAUUCUGAUAUUCAGCCAUGACAUGACAUGUUCUCGUUACCGAACACGUCAGCCAGCAAUGGACAUGAUUGCGAGUUCGUUGUUCGAUCUUGUAGUCUCGAUUGCAUGAAAAAGAACACGUUCAUAACUUUUUAUAUUACUGAUCUUGACCAUUCACUAUUCGGUAGAUAUUUAUUGUGUUCUCUACAAUAACCAUAGUUUAGAGAGACCGUCAGUGCUCGGCCGGAAGCUGUUAUAGAAAUACGACGAGGUUCUGAAUGCGAAACAUCUCAGAACACGUUUCAAAUCUGAACUCAAAAUCCAUUCCAUAACUUUUUUCGAUUAAAUCUGUUUCUCUUGCCGAAUUUCAAUAAAUAAUUUAAAUGCAAAUAGGUUUUUCCUAAAACUGAAUAGGGCGUUUUCUUAUAAAUUUUUUCGUUACUCAUGCACUGAUUGAUAACCAUAAUCAAUAUAAAUAUUUUAUUUAACAACAUAUUAUUGUGGGUACUGUAUACUAGAUUGGACUCAUUUCUGAUGCAGAUAUUCAUCACAUGCGUGUACACUGUACAAACUUCCCUGUAGCUUAGAGAAGUGACCUGCCCCGGUAUAAUAAGGGACCCAUAUGAAACGUGUGCUUUUAAUAGGUUUUCGUUGGAACUUAUAACAUGAGUUUGCUACUGGUACACGAAUUAUAAAUAUUAAGUUCUGGUAUAGCGUUGUUAUCGUCAUCAUAACUAACGUAAUCAGCACGAUUUUUUUUAUUUGAAGUGUGGGUUCUAAAUUUAGGUUUCCGCAAUUUGAAGUUCUACUUAUAAAUAAUAUCAAGCUUGUAUCAUUUGAAUUGCAUCAGCCAACAAACUUUAAUCAUCGACCCGCCUAGAAUAAGUUUAAACUUUCUUGUGAUCGGAAAUAAAUUUUCAAUGCUUCGGAAGCUUUAAGUUUCUCUGUUGUGAUAAUUAACUUUUGCAGGUUUACAUUCCCUGCUGAAUGAUGGCAGUAAAUGCAAUGAAAUGUUACUAAAUAAUAGACCAAUGACGUACACUGAAGCUGUCCAUCAUAGUUUCCAAUUAGUUAAUUAGUUCCCCUAUUAAUUGAACCAUAGCUCCCUAUUAUUGAUAAAUGUUAAUAAUAAUGUACUUGCAGUAUAACUAUUUUAGUUUUAAGAUUUUUUAAGCUUCUAUUAUUCCGUAGCUAAUCGCAGCCUCUGCUAUGGAAGAAGACUUUACUUACAUAUUAAAUGUUACCAGUCAUCAUUCAUAUCAGCAUCUUUGUGUAUCUCAUUGGCCGCGCCAAUGAUUCCAUAGUUUGUUAUUAUUACAUAGAAGAUAUCAAAUGUCGGAGGUCAUACCAGAUGCGGUUUUUGUCCACCCAUGUUAAUUUCACGCUAGUAGCCUACAUCAUUAUCAAAUUUUUAUUUAUUGACUUAAUGUUCUCACGGAAGUAAUUUUACCGCACGCGUAAAUAAGUAUAAAACUUCGUGGUAUGUUAAAGAACCUGCGCAAUAAAUAUACUUAUGUUGAAUUAUUGAGUAAGCAAUAGAUUAUACAAAAUCUAACUACAAAGCAGAUACGCAUCGAAAAGUUGAAGCCGUUCAGUAAGUAAAUUCGCAACAUAUAAUUUCCGUACUACACAAAAACAUCUGCUACCUGCAUGUUCGUGUGUGUACGAGGCUUCACUUGAUUGCAUAGCAAAGAAUUUAUAAUUUGGUUAAGUCAAAUAGCAUCUGAUUUCAUUGCCGCACCUCGAUGCUCUAUUUAUAAUUCACUAGUCAUUGAUAUCGUCACCGUUUUCAAUUCGUCAUUGCAUUUAAAUAGUGAUAAUUUUCUUGUAAUUGGCUGCAACUCACGAGAUUGACAUGUUUGACGUACGCAGCUCUGAAUGCGGAACAAGAUUUCUUCGAAAUAUUUGCAUGUGAUAACAUCCCGCAUUAUUACAUUCCAAGAUUAUUCAAUUCGAUUUUUCGAAUCCGAUCCCAAAGCAAAUUGACGAUUGUGUCCUAGAUGGUCUAUUAUAUGUUAUUUUCAAUUUCAAGCAGAGUAUAUUAUUAUAAUUAUACUUGAAUACCAUUUAAAAUUAAUUCAAAUGCUGCGUUUACCGUCGCGCUCAUUGCUGUAGUGUCCCACCACAUAAUUGUUUCAAGAUUGUCUGGUUUGAUGGUGGAAGUUUAUUAAGGAUAUUGACAAUCUUAUUCGUGAGAAACUUGAUUGUUACGAAUGAUAUUAUGACGACAGGCUUGUCAGAGUCACGAGAGGUGCGACUUCAAUAGAUGCAGUGAGCACUUGUGUAAUGGAGAUUUAAGUAUGGUUCCUUCCGCAAUAUUUACCACAGCACAGCACGGCAUAGGAACUGUUCCACCAUUCAGUGUUGGAGGAUAGUCAAGCUUUGACAGAGAACAUUUAACUAAUAAAGCACCUCGUCCAUAAAUAACUUAUUUACUGCUAGAUAGAUUUAAGUAAAUGAUAAUCUAUUUAUCACUGGCCUUAGGAAUCGCUGGGUUGAUGCAAUAUUCUGAUAUAAAUACUGUGACUGAGCAUAUCAUUUUACGUGCAAAUCUCUGUGUAAUAUUGUUAUUCAGCAACGAAAAAUAUCGAGAAAGCUGAAUGUGAUAAGACAAAUUUGUCACACAAUUUUUUACAUAGGAUUUUUUCAUUAAGCGUGAAGACAGUCCAAGGGUAACGUGUCGUUUUCUAAUACUAGUUUUCUUUAUUUGAAUUAAAGAAAAUUUCCAAGUUCUAUAAUUCAUUGGGAGACUAUGGAAGAGAUUAUGACCUGCGCCAAUAGAAGUGCGGCAUUGAGAUGGUAAAUUUGAUAGUCAAGAUUUUUGUACUUACUAUGUGGAACUUUUUCACCUCCGACAUGAAUGUAACAAUCAAUUUAAAUAAUGCAAAUUGCUCAUAUGAAUGCAAAUUUUGAGAACGACUAUCCUGGACGAGUUCAUCCAUUUACCACCAUCUACGAAAGGCAGGAAGAUCACUGCAAUUAGUUUUAAAAAUGUACGAUUAUUGCGCUAAAUUCGUAGCAGUUAUUUCAACGUACGAAGGUUGUAUGAAAUGAUGAGUAAUAUAUAUGAAUAAUCGGAAAAUAUUCUCAGUAGGUGACAGACAUUCUGUAGCAGCAGUGUUUCAAAUGUACAAAUUCAAAAGGAUCUUCUUUAGCCACACAAAAAAUAGUGACAUUUAUUACUUCUAAAGUAUAAAUUGCGUUACGAGAAGGAUUGAAAAAUCAGGGAAUGUUUACGUAAAGAGAAAAUUGUUGAAGAACAAAACGGGAACCAUCCAUUAGAGGUGCGUUGCAACCUUGAAAAAAAAAAAACAAAUUUAUUCCUUUGCAACCUGUUUUAAAAACGAGCUGGUUGUUAAGUAAAAGAUUUGUCGUAAAAGAUAAAUCGUCGGAGUUAUGAUCAGGAACUUUUAUUGAUUGGGAUUACAAUCGUGUUAUAGUCCCUAAUUCAGCCUAUAUUUUAAAACAAAAUAAACGCCUAGAAGUAAGUAGGAGCUCCAUAGACUGGUAACGAUGUCCACAGGUUGUAAUAUGAUCGCUGGUUCGUACGUCGUGUCACUAAUUGGUAUCAGAGACGUAAUUUUAGCUUUUAACGUCACAACAAAGUAUGUAGCUUAUUGUAUCUCGCCCCUGUAGUCUCAUUGCUACCCUAAGAGUACCUGAGAUACAGUGGAUAUAAAAAGGCUACUACGUGAGACUAAGUUUGCACUUCAACACAUUAAUUGUUCUUAAUUUAUUCGAUAAUUUGUGCUUAUUGAUUAGUGUAAAUCAUCACUUAAGUUAAAAUAAAUAUUACCACUGCGUGUAUUAAUAAAAGUUAACAAUU